AUGAAAUUCAAUCCUUUCGCCUUUUUGGCACUUGCUGCUUCAGUAGUCCAAGCUAGUCCUUUUCACAUUUUGAGAAGAUUCGAGAAUUCUACCUCAUCGGUAGCUCCUGGUGCAACCUCAAAUUGGGGAAAUCCUACAACUGUUUUACCAGCUGUGGAAUCCUCUUCUUACGUUUCGUCAUUAUCUGCAGAGGAGACAUACACUGUAACCAUUAUUGAAUACGUGACUUUGACCACCGGCAGUUCAACUAUUGUCACUCCAACAAACACUUGGACCGCUACCUAUACUACUAGCCAAGAAAGUCAGCAUGAGGACUCAGUAACUACUUCAACCAUUACUGAAUACGUGACUUUGACCACCGGCAGUUCAACUAUUGUCACUCCAACAAACACUUGGACCGCUACCUAUACUACUAGCCAAGAAAGUCAGCAUGAGGACUCAGUAACUACUUCAACCAUUACUGAAUACGUGACUUUGACCACCGGCAGUUCAACUAUUGUCACUCCAACAAACACUUGGACCGCUACCUAUACUACUAGCCAAGAAAGUCAGCAUGAGGACUCAGUAACUACUUCAACCAUUACUGAAUACGUGACUUUGACCACCGGCAGUUCAACUAUUGUCACUCCAACAAACACUUGGACUGCUACCUAUACUCCUAGCCAAGAAAGUCAGCAUGAGGACUCAUUAACUACUUCUAGCCAAGAAAGUCAACAUCAUGAAUUAGUAACUACUUCAACCAUUACUUCGUAUAUCACCAUUACUAAUUCAGAUGACGCCCUGGAGCUUUCUACUGAAACUGAAGCCAUUUUGGAAACUUCUCAAAACACUGACGCGUGUGUUCCAUCCACCGUUACCGUCACCGUUACUGCUACUCCAACUCCUGCACCCAUUGUCUCAACUUCCUUAUAUGUCACUUCGUUCCCAGUUCAAGCCGAGUUCGAGUCUGAUGAUAUCACUACAACAAUCACUUCCUUUGUUCAAGUGACUCAAACCCUAUUACACACCUUAACCUCAGAAUCGAGCUCAUCUUCAACAAUUGUUCCAACUGAUUCAGGUAUUAAGCUUUCACAAACACCGCCAGCAACAUCCUAUACACCACCCGCGGGGCUUGAGUUACCACAGAUUACGUUUCGCAGCUCGUCUCGCAAGUCUGUGUUGAAUUUGACCACGAUUCGACGAAGUACCAGGAAACCGAUGAAGGCGUCAUCGCUGAGCUCUUUGAAACGAGGUAAUAGGUACCUAUGGACAUCACCAAAUGAGCGUCGAACAGCAAUGAACAAGAACCAGAUUAAGAAAGCCAGGAUCGAAAUGGGUGGAAAUAGCGGCAAGGGCUUAGAGGGGCACUUGGAUGAUCCUAAUGUGACUUCGGAAGUUGAGGAUUUGAGUUCCCCCAUUAGAAAUAGAAGGAUGAGAGUUGAUGCGCUGGUUGGAUUAGGCGAGGACUUGACAAAUAUCCCGAGAUUACAAAGAGAAGUAGAAGACGACGAGAAUGAUGAAUUUGAGCGUGAAAGUUUUCAUCAUCCAAGUAAAGUGGAAAGCCCCGAGUCUCGUGAUUUAACAACUCAUACAGAUGUGGAGAAUGGCAAUCAUCGCCAUCUUCACAAUCCUGGGGAUGAUUGGAGACGAUAUCUUCCAUCAACAGCAGAUAAUGACAUUCUCUUCCCCUUUGUUACCUCGAAGACCAAAGAGAAUGAGGAGAAUCUACCAAUAAUUGCAACCAAGAGUGAUCAUCAAAAAGGGGAAAACAAUAUUAGUGAAUUAGACAUGGAGAAAAAUGCAGGUGACAGUACUGAUUUCGAAGAUGCAGAUAUGAAUUUGUACCUGAAAGAUCCAACCCAAACUCUCAAUCACACACAGUUGACUAAAAUCAUACGAGAACUGAGAAGUGGUGGUCAAUAUGCCACUCCCGAUAGACCAACAGAACCAGAUAUGCAUAGUCCUCUGACUCAUCAAAAAAUCAAGUCUCCAAACGCAGAAGUUUCUGCUGAGAUUGAACAAACAAGUCCGUUAAAACACAACAGUGAAGGUAACGGCGACAUUAUCUUUGGUGAUGCAACUGGUGAAGGUGAAGGUGAAGGUGAAGGUGAAGGUGAAGAUGUCAAUAUCAAAAUAAAUCUAAAAGAAGCAAAAACUGAACAAACUCCAAACUCUAGGCCAUUAUUUUCAGUUAAUUAUAUCAAAAAAGUAGAGGAAACGCAUCUAGCCCGAUAUGAGAAAUUGAAGAACAAAUUUGCAGAUAUUGAGGCAAAAGUUCAAAAGCAAAAUUUCAUAAAUCAAGAGCUAACAAUGAAAAAUAUAGAAUUAGAGAAAAAAGUCCGGGAAGAUGAGGUAAGAGAAGAAAGGCUACACAUGUUAAACGAGAGAUUAGGCAUUCAACUUCAAGACGCGGAUAAAAGAAUAGGUACUUUAAAGAAGGAGUCUGCACUUGCAGAAAAAACAGCAUUAAACUUGAGAAAAGAAAUUCGUGGUAUCAAAAUCGCAAUCAACGAAUGUGAGCAGAACUUGCAUCUUUCUAAGGAAUCAAACACCAAGUUGGAGAAGAAAAAUCAUCAACUUGAAGAAGAAUUGCACAAUUUAAAGAACAAGGAUAUUCAACGGAAUUUAGAUUUGGAUCAAUUACUAGAUGAGAAUAGUAAAUUGUCUCAAGAAAAUGAAACCUUUCGAAAGAAAAUUGAGACUCAUGAAAAAUCCACUGAUGAUGUAAAUGCAUUGGUUGGUGAACUUAAGAGGGAAAAUGAAUCACUUAAAAUUAAAAUAUCUAAUUUUGAACAAGAAGUAGAUGCCAAGGAUAAACAGAUUGUCAAAUUAGAGAGUUCGGAAGCAUACUUGAAAUAUGUAAUAGAUGGGCAUGAAGAACGAAUUGCUAAUGCAGAGGCACUUGCCGAUGAAAUCGAGAAUAAGCACGAACAAAGUUUGAAGGAGGCUCGAGAACUUUUGAAUGAGAAAAUUACAUCUUUGGAAAGCAAUAUAAAAGCGCACGAGGAACUGGAAGCAGAAUUGACUCUGAAUAUAGCCAACUUGACCCGUGAAUUGACUGCAGCUCAAAACAGCAGAGAUUCUUUCAUAGAACGGGUAGGUGAACUUGAAAAGGAUUUAGCAAAAAGCUAUGACUUGGAGAAACAGAGUCAGCGAUUAUUGUCAGAGCUUGACAAUGUUAAGUCACAACGUGAUGCAGAUUUGGCUCUGAGAGAUGAACAGAUUGAUCAACUUGAAUUAAGCUUGCGAGAAGUCCAAAAUGAGCUUUCAAUAUGGAAAUCUGAUGGCGAGCAAAACAACGAGAAACUUAGAUCUUAUAUUGACGAGGUGUCUCAUUUGAAGCAAGUGAAUGAAAAUUCUCAAGCUCAAGUUUCUCAAUUGAUUUCAGAAUGUGAAAAAUAUCAAGACGAAAUUAAAGAGAAACAAGAGGUGCUUUCUCGCUAUAUGGAAGCACAUCAAAAUGAGAUUUCUGAUUUGGUUUCAUCUCAAAAGUUAAUUGACCAGAAUUUACAAGUCAAGGAUGAAGAAAUAUCACAUUUGAGGCAACAACAGCAAGAUUUGCAGGUGGAAAUAUCUAAGUUGAUUUCAGAACAAUCAGAAUUGGAAGAAAAACUCAAAUCGAAAGAUGAACAGCUCAGUCAACAAGUUGAAGAAAACAAGACUUAUGAAUCCAAACUUGCACAAUUAGUGGAUGCCAUCGACAUUAUCAAAUCGGAAAAAUCCAAUCUUCUAGCCGUGCAACAGAAACUUUAUAAUCAAAUAGAUUCCCUACACACUGAAUGUGAAAAAACCAAACUGGAAUUAGAGCAACAGAUUGAAAAAGCAUAUAGUACACUUCAUAAAGAGUAUUCAGAGAAGCAUGCACGGAAACUAAAAGAGUUUGAGACAUACUAUGAAGGAAAAUUGAUUGAAAAGGAUAAAGAAAUAAAGAUAAUCACAAGAGAUUACGAAUUUGCGAAAAGACAAGUUGAAAAAUUGAGAUUGGAUAAUGUCAAGUUGUUGAAGGAAAGGUCUUCUCCUAUGAAAGGUGGAUCUGUUUUUGAACAUGCCGUGAGUGAAUUAUAG